UUGGCUUAAACAACCAUUUUACGUCUGUAGCUCACGAAGUGUAGACGUCUAUUUAUUGUGUGUUUUUAAUAAUAAUUUAAUUUAACUUUUUAAAUUAAUACUUUAAUAUGGAAACGAAAUAAUCAAAACUUGCAAUUUGUGCUGCAGCAUAUUAUGUUAUGGCAAGUGGUGAAAUUUUAAUAAAUAAUAACAAAAAAGAUAAGGUGACAAGAAAGAGAAGACGAUAUUGGGUGAAUGAAUAUUAUAAAAGUCGAAAUAAGUACAAUGCUACAAAUAUGCUUUAUGAUUUGACUUUAAACUCUACAAAAAAAUUCGAAAAUUUUUGCCGAAUGUCACCUGAAGAUUUCGAAUAUUUGUUAAAUAAAAUUGGACCAUCAAUAACAAAAACUGACACCAAUAUGAGAAAAUCUAUCCCUAUCCAAGAAAAAUUAGCAGUUACAUUAAGAUAUUUAGCUUCUGGAGACAGUUUUAUUAGUUUAUCUUAUAUGUUUAAAUUCUCUCCACAAUCAGUGUCAAGAUGUGUUCAAGAAGUAUGCAGUGCAUUAAUACAAGAAUUAAAAGAUGAAAUUAAGGUUGUUCGAACCCGAAUGACUUCCCGCCGAUUCAUCUAA